CCCCCUCCCCCCCGCAGGGCCCCGCUCGGCCCCGCCCGCCCGGGCCGUCACUGCGGCGGAGUCGCGGCGGCGCCGCCAUCGCGGGCAGAUGCAGGCGAUCAAGUGUGUGGUGGUGGGCGACGGAGCUGUAGGGAAGACCUGCUUGCUGAUCAGUUACACCACAAAUGCCUUUCCUGGAGAAUACAUCCCCACUGUGUUUGAUAACUAUUCUGCCAAUGUCAUGGUAGAUGGAAAGCCAGUGAACCUAGGCCUCUGGGAUACAGCAGGGCAAGAAGAUUAUGACCGACUGCGGCCUCUUUCCUAUCCACAGACGGAUGUUUUCUUGAUCUGCUUCUCCCUUGUGAGUCCAGCCUCCUUUGAGAAUGUCAGAGCCAAGUGGUACCCUGAGGUCCGACAUCAUUGCCCAAAUACACCUAUCAUUCUGGUGGGCACCAAGCUGGACCUGAGGGAUGAUAAGGACACCAUUGAAAGGUUACGUGAUAAGAAACUGGCGCCCAUCACCUACCCCCAGGGUUUGGCCAUGGCUCGGGAGAUUGGGUCGGUAAAGUACCUCGAGUGCUCUGCCCUGACGCAGCGGGGCUUGAAGACGGUGUUUGAUGAAGCCAUCCGGGCCGUGCUCUGCCCACCGCCCGUCAAGAAGCCUGGCAAAAAGUGCACUGUGUUCUGAGGGCUGUGGCCUCAGUGCUGGCUCAGCAUGUUGUCCUCUGACAGUCUGCAUAUUAGCUGGGUGUUUCUGGAGGGGGCUGGGAUGUCUAGGGCCCUUCAUCAUGUACGAAGUCAGUGUUUUUUAAAUGUCUCUUUGAUUUAACGUCAGUGUUGAUGUGAAGGGGCAGUGGGGGCAGGAGACUAGCUGGGGGCUGUGCAACCCCCAGGGGAGGUACAGUGGGCAAGGCAAGCUAGCUCCUUGGGGCAACAGGCUGUUUUCGCUCUCCUGAACUCCAAGCUUAAAGGGCUGAGACAUUAAUCCUGUCCUGGAGACACCUGGUUUCAACCUGCAGGUGAAACAGGUGGUGAAGAUCCUUGUGGGACUGGGGAGGGAGCUGAUGUGAAUGGUGCUGAGUGACAAGAGCAGCUGGGAGAGUGGUAGGGUCUCCUAGUCCAGCCUUCUGUGGCUAAUAGUUAACAAACUGGUGCUCUAGCAGAUAUGUGCCUGAGACUGUUAAAGAAAUCAUACCCAGACCUGGAAGAGGUCAAAGUAAAUGAGGUAUGAAUCUGAAGAACUAAUCAUUAGGUGCUUUAUGGGGUACUAGCCAAACUCAGUGAGUGAAACAGCUCUGUGCAAUCCAUGUGUUUGCCCUUCUGUGUGUGCACACCCUAGGACAGCGUGGUGCUGCUCCCCCCAUCAGUCUUUAGCAGGGCCUCCCCCCCAGAUCCAGUCUCUGCAGAGCAGGGCUGUGGUUGUUGCCUCUGUUUUGUUUUUUUCUACUAAAGACAGCAAAGGAAGCAAUGAGGAGUCUGCUAACUUCUUCUUUACCUUCCCACUUGAAAGUGCAGGCAGGCUCUAUAGAUUUGGAUGGAACAGGGAGACCUUCUGAAAGGUUGUGGGGAGGAAUUAAGGUUGGAAGAAAGACAGGUCCAAUUUCUAAUCAUCAUGUAGAGUGACAAGAUAAAACCUUAUUUGGUGCAAUAAACAUUCUCCAUGACAA